AUGGCUAGUUAUUCAACAGCUGAAGCUCUUAGACUGAUUAUGCACGAAGAUACAGAAAGUGAUGAAGGCAAUGUUACAGAAUAUGAUGCCAAUAGUGAAGAUGGAGAUUAUUUGCUAGGAUUAGGUGCCGAUUCUGAUACUGAAGAUCAUGUGUCUGAGGAAUCUGAUGAAUCGGAAGAUGCCAUUACAUCUGAUGAAGAGCCGGUAAAUCAACCUUCUACAACAGUGACUAAAAGAGGUAAAGAUACAGCAAGUGAAAAAAGAGGAGGUAGAAGCAGAUCAUUUCGUGGACAGAACACGCACGGUACAUCCGAUUCAGCACAACCAACAGCUGUAGGUCAGUCUGUUGUUAGUAUUAAUACAAUUGUGGAUCGAACAGGCAGACCAAACCACCUGCAAUCCACCGACGGCAAGUUCAGGACAUAA